UAUAUAAAGCCAAUAUGCAUAAAAUAUCCCCCGUUAAACCUCUCUCUUUGUAGUUUAUACGCAUAAUAAUCCUUUCGUGGAGAUAGAGAGGUUCAAUAAGAACGCAGUUUAUAGGAGAUUUCGGCGGGCUUAGAAACGCAUGCUGGGAAAGUUGAGAGAGACUUGGUGGUUGACCAAUCGAAUUUGGGAUGCUGACAAAAGGGGACCUAUUUUCGUGAGAAGAGCGAUUUAUGCAAAAAAAAAAAAUUGCCAUGUUUCCCAAACUGGCAAUCCUGCUGCCUCUCCUCGUGAGCUUUGUAGCCUCUGAAGAUACCAGCUUUCUCUUCAAUGGGUUUAGAUCGGGAAAUCUAAGCCUAGACGGCAUAGCUGAAAUCACCCCUAAUGGCCUUUUGAGGCUCACCAAUGACACCAGACAGCAAAAGGGUCAUGCUUUCUACCCCAAUCAGGUCAGCUUCAAGAAAUCCUUGAAUGGCACCGCUUCCUCCUUCUCUACUACCUUUGUAUUUGCUAUCAUUUCUGAAUAUCCCGCUUUGAGCGGCCAUGGCAUUGCUUUUGUUGUUGCUCCGACAAGAGGGCUCCCAGGAGCUCUCCCAAGCCAGUACCUUGGCCUUUUCAAUGGUAGCAACAACGGUAAUGACACCAACCAUGUUUUCGCCGUAGAGCUCGAUACCAUCCAGAGCAGCGAGUUUGCUGACAUCAAUGAUAACCAUGUUGGGAUUGAUAUAAAUGGGUUGAAGUCAAACAAAUCUUUUCCCGCAGGAUAUAAUGCCGACAACAAUGGUGGGUUUAGGAACCUGAGUCUUAUCAGCGGCCGCCAAAUGCGAGUUUGGGUGGAAUAUGAUGGUGUCGAGAAGAAAAUCGAGGUCACUAUGGCUCCAAUUAAUGUCGGAAAACCCAAAACUCCGCUCUUGUCUUUGUUCCGUGAUCUUUCACCCAUCAUUGAAGACAACAUGUAUGUUGGCUUCUCUUCCUCAACCGGCUCAGUCCUAACAGCCCAUUAUGUUACGGGAUGGAGCUUUAAGGUGAACGGCCUGGCUCCAGAACUUGAUCUCUCUCAACUUCCCAAGCUGCCAAGGAUUGGAGCUGCAGUUUAUUUCAUAAAAAGGAAAAGGAAGUUUGCAGAAUUGCUUGAAGACUGGGAGCUUCAAUAUGGGCCUCACAGAUUCAAAUUCAAAGAUCUUUAUAUUGCCACAAAUGGAUUUAGGGACAAAUACCUGUUGGGCACUGGCGGAUUUGGUAGGGUGUAUAGAGGUAUACUACCUACCUCAAAAAUUGAGAUUGCAGUGAAGAGGGUCUCCCAUGAAUCAAGACAGGGGAUGAAAGAAUUUGUCGCAGAAAUUGUAAGCAUUGGUCGGCUUCGUCACAGGAAUUUAGUUCCACUCUUGGGGUAUUGCCGGCGCAAGGGAGAGCUGCUUUUGGUGUACGACUACAUGCCCUACGGCAGCCUAGACAAGUACCUCUUCGACCAACCUGAGGUUACACUGAGCUGGAGCCAGAGAUUUCGAGUGAUAAAAGGUGUAGCAUCGGGGCUGUUUUAUCUGCAUGAAGAAUGGGAGCAGGUUGUUAUUCACAGAGAUGUCAAGGCUAGUAAUGUCUUGCUAGAUGGUGAAUUGAAUGCCAGAUUAGGAGACUUCGGCCUUGCAAGAUUAUAUGAUCAUGGAACUGCUCCUCAAACUACCCAUGUGGUCGGAACUUUUGGGUAUCUUGCGCCGGAGCAUAGUCGAAGCGGUAAGGCCACGACUGGCACCGAUGUGUUUGCUUUCGGGGCGUUUUUGCUUGAGGUUUCUUGUGGAAGGAGACCAAUAGAGCCAAGAGGAGCAGCAGAUGACGUCCUUCUGCUUGAAUUGGUGUUUUCUCAUUGGAACCGAGGCGAAAUUCUUGCGGCAAGAGAUGUAAGUUUGGGUGCAGAUUAUGUAGCAGAGGAAGUAGAGCUUGUUUUGAAACUUGGGUUGCUCUGUUCCCAUUCAGAGCCUACUGCUAGGCCAAGCAUGCGCCAAGUAGUACAGUUCUUGGAGGGUGAUUUUCCUCUUCCUGAUUUAUCAUCGCUUGGCCUUUGUGCCAACGGCUUAACAUUUACGCAUCAUAAGGAAGGUGGUUUCAGUGAUUUUGCCAUGACCUAUCCGUCUUCGAGGGACAGGUUUACACAGUCCUCUUUUGCUGCAGAGUCACUUCUCUCAGGAGGUCGCUGAUUCUAAAAACUUUUGUUUGAGUUUGUUAGUAAUGAUCUUUGAAAUGAUUGUAGUAGAUAGUUUGUUUUCAGGCAGUGCAGUAUAUUUAUUAUUGAUGUGCAAACAUGGGCAAGAUGAGCUCCCUGGGUUGAUGGGGCCUUCUGUGAUCAUUUAUUUUCCAACUUUGCAUCCUGCAGAAUAAUUCA